CUCUCUCACCUUAAUUAUCCAUAAGGGAUAUAGUUAUGAUGCUCUACGGGUAUGUCAGCCGUCUCUUGAUGGGUGACCACUGCAAGACAUGCCGCUGGCUUGUCCCUUGAUUUUAUACAUCUUUUAUCUUCCAUUUCGAUACAAAACCAUCGUCUGCCCCAUUACUAUCAUCCCCUCCACCAUCAUCCGAACAAUCUCAAGACUUGAUAUCAAGACCCUCACCCCGACCACCUAUAGUCUGAAGAAUUCGACAACCAUUCGUUGCCGAAUCCACAAAAACAAUCAUUGACAAGUUGUCAGUGAAGACCAUGACUGAGGACCAGUGUACCGCGGUCAGCAAGGACGGCGGAGAGCCCGGUACUCCAUCGUUCGACAACCUCUCUGGCUCCGCGGCACAGACAGUCUCAGAAUUCCUCGAGUCCCAGGAGCCGCAGCCUGUGGAACGGGUGCUAGUGGAUAGGCUAGCAUGCCAGCUCCCCAUCCCCAAGUUCGAGAACCCGGGGCUAUCCCACCUGGCCCGGGUCGCCCAGGGGCAGGCGGGGGAGAUUCUCAAGGAGGAGUAUCUCCACAAGUUCAAGUACAUCAAGAACUCCGAGAUGGCGAUGGCGGAGCUCGGGAAGCUUAGGUGGAAGCCCAAGCAGGGGCAGAAUGUACCUCUAGACGAGUCCGCGAUCUUGCCCUACGUGGACAUCAUCCUCCGGGCGCUCCGGGUCCACUUCUCGUCCAGGGACCCCCGAUACAUCGAGCAUCUGGUCGAAACCACGGCAUGGCUCGUUGUGAUCUAUGCCAGAAGCCUCCAUCUGGAGGGAUCUCGAGUUCCGCCGCUCAGCGACAAGUCGAUCAACACCUUCGAAGACAAGCACCUGGACUUCGAUACCAGAGUCCUAAAAGUCGAAGAUCUCCUUGUUCGCUAUCGAGGCUGUGCAGAGUGGGUGAUGACGUGGGUCUCCAUCCCAACCAUUGUCAACGGGCCGUACGCAUGGGAGAACUACAUGCUCGAAAAGAAGACGACCACGGUGGAGAAGGAUGGAACGUCCGAAGAUCUGAAGGAUGCCGUGCGACGACUCCAGAUCGAAAACCAAGAGCUCCGAGCUUCACUUGCAGUGGUUUCACAGAACCGCGACCCAACCACCGAAUUCCAAGAGUUGAAGGCUUUCAUCAAGCGCGUCGACGAACGUACACGAGAUACAAUCAGCCAAGCCAACAUGGCCUCUGCGACCAUGAAGGCAUUGUUCACAAAGGAGGGUAAAGAUAUUGCGACAGCGUUGAACAUCGCUAAGCAGGAGACACGCCCCCAUAUCAAUGAAGAGCCACAAGCCAAAGGCAAAGGGAAAGAUAAAGUGGGGGUAGUCCCAAGCGUCAUCGUCGCCGAAACAGGUUUUUCAAGCAUCCUGGCAGAUCCUGGGUCCACUGUCAUUGAAGCUGAGAGCGUUGCUACCGAAAUGGCUCCCAGCGAAGUUGUUCCAGCCGAAGUCCUUCAAACCGAGAUCCCUCAGAUCAUCCUCUCUCGACCCAAUCUUCUUGUCCCUGAAAUCGACCCCACCCAGCUCAGGACAGCCGAUUUCGAGCCUUCUGAUGACGAUUCCGUCGAUAGUUCCCCUGAAAUUGCGAGCCAAGAUGGCUCUGAUGCUGGUUCUCAAGCUCCUAACGACGCCGCUACUAAAAUUGCCACCGAUGCUGGUGCUCGGACGGUCACUGAAGACGCAUUCGACAAUCAUGGCCAGGCGUUCACUCAAGCUGCCUCCGGUUCUGAUACUCGAUCAACUGCUGAAGCUGCCACCGAGGCUGCCAUCGAAACUCACGCCUAACACGCCGCCCACUGUGCUAUCCAUGACCGCCCCGAGUACAUUUCAAACCAGCAGGCAACUUUGGUCCCUCGCUCCGUUUCUGUCUCCUCUACCGAUACCGGACUCACGCUCAGCAACGGCCUUUCGGAUGAAGUUCCUCAGGAUGAAUAGUCCCACCCCCGAUUCAACGACAUGUUACGAGA